CUUCUAUUUUUUUUGUUUUUUCAGCUUUUAGAAUUGAAAAAUUAGGGCGGGUAGGGUGAGGAAAAUGUCGAACAGAAGCUCAAGUCCGACGACAGCAAUUCGGGGUUCAAGCAGCGGCACAAACGCAGCAGCAGCAGCAGGAGGAGGAGGAGGAGUGACGAUGAAUACGAGAGGGCCAUGCCCGACAACGAUAACAACAACGUCAUAUCAUGAGCAGCAGUGCCCAACAACAGCAGCGGUGAUUUACCCAGUAGCCUCCUCUGGAAGGGGUUUCCUUCCUACAAACCACCCAUCUCGCCCUCUCCUUCCCUAUAAUCAUCAUCCUCCUCCUCAUCCCUUUGGCAAUCCCAGGCCACCACCCCCACCCCUUCCCCAUCUUACUCACUUCUAUCCUCCCUUGAAGGGCCUUCCCCUUUCUCUCCAUCCCAAGGUUGCUUCAUCCCCAUCUUCACUUUCUGAAACUAAAGGCUACCAAAAUAUCAGGGACAGAACCAAAGAUGAUUCUCUGGUCAAUGUUAGGGAACGAAAGGUCAGAGUUACAGAUGGGGCUUCCGUUUAUGCUCUUUGCCGUUCAUGGUUGAGAAAUGGGUUUACAGACGAAACUCAGCAGCCCCAAUAUGGAGAUAUUAUCAAGUCUCUUCCACAGCCUUUACCUAUACCAGUCGUGGAUAUUUUGCCAAAGGACACGGAAGAUGAAGAAGAACAAGAAGAGGAAGAUAAAAAGGAGGAUGAGCAAUCAAUUGAGAAUUUGUCAGCACAAGAUCUGUUGAAAAGGCAUAUUGAUCGGGCAAAAAAGGUUAGAUCAAGAUUAAGACAAGAACGUUUAAAGCGAAUUGCAAGGUACAAAACUAGGCUUGCUCUUCUCCUACCUCCCCUUGUAGAACAAUUCCGAAGUGAUGCUGCUGCAGGAAACUGAGCCGGAGUAUUAAUAUCAGAAACCAAUUGACAUUGGGACAUCCUCAUGGGCUUGAUGCAUCAGUUUAUAGUAUUUCUUUUACAACUGAGUCGCAACUGGAGACACAAAUAUUGCAGGGUGAUGGAGCCAACUUUAAUAUGGCAGUGAGCAAACUCCUUUUUUUUUUUUCUGUUUAUAAUUGGAUGUAGAGCUUUAGAUUUGCUACAGGUAUUGCAUUGCAUCAUUUGCAGCUUUCAAACAAAAACAGCAUUCUCCAGUCAAUGUAGAGACAUUGUCAUCAACCUGCUGAUAUGUGAUGUUUUCUUCAA